AUGAAGCCAACCACCCCAUCAUAUCCCUGUUCUAUUUUACUUAAAGAUGGACUCUCUUUUCAAGACGAUAUUCCAAAGGUUUCAUCUUUGAAAAUAGACAUUGAAGCUCUUCAAUCUUCUUAUCUUCCUAGUGGUGACAUUAUAGUAAUAACUAAGUCUGGUGCUGUGGUGUACAGUAAAGAGACCAAAGAAGUUAUAUUCCAAGUCGACCUUCCAAACAUCGAGAAAUUCAGUUAUAGUCCACAAGGAAGAUAUUUAGUCUUCUGGCAAUUAAUUCCUCUUCAAUACGUCCAAGGCGAGAAUGGGCCACAAAAGGUGAAACAAGAGGAAAAGCCAACUUUACACGUUUUUGAUACUAAACACCCCAAAGACCCUAUAUACUCGGUCAUGCAAAAGAACAUCCAAAUCUGGCCGAUCAUUCAAUUUAAUAUUAAUGAGACGUUAAUGGCCCAUUUAGCUUCCACAGUCUAUUUCUAUGAUGUUUCCGAGUCUCGCAUCACAAAAGCUGAGAAACAGUACAACGCAACGGUAGUGAGGAAUUUCGCGUGGUGCAAAAGCGCGGACUCCCCAAAUCUGUUUGCAGGGUUCUCCCCGGAGAACGCUAAGAAGUCACAACCUGCACGUCUCUUUGUGUCGAAUUAUCCAAAUAUUGGAUCGACGAUCACUUCAACUUCAUUCUUCAAAGCACAGUUCUCUGAGCUGAAAUGGUCUCCGAAAGGCAAUUUAGUGAUCUGUAAAGCACAGACUUCCGUCGAUUCGAGCGGACAAAGUUAUUAUGGAGAAAGUACUUUACACUUCGUUUCAAUAGCAGACUCUUCAAAGAACGCAACUCUUCCGCAACCGACCGGACCUGUUUAUGAUGCCGUCUUUAAUUCCGAUGGGACACUUAUGGCGAGUGUCGCGGGGUAUAUGCCCGCUACCGUCGAAGUGUUUAAAGUGCUUCAAAGUGGGAAGUUUAUAUCUGUGAAGAAGUUUGAGAAUCAAAGUCGGAACGAAUUGAAGUUUUCACCGAACGAUCAAUUUUUGGCGGUCGCAGGGUUCGGGAAUUGUCCCGGAGAAGUCGACGUGUAUGAAACAACCACGUGGAAAAUGGUCAGUGAAUUUGAAGCGCAUUGUACGACGGAAUGGAAUUGGACAAGUGACUCGAAAAGUGUAGUGUUCUGUGGGUGUUUCCCACGUCGCCAUUUUGAAAACUUCAUUAAAAUUUGUAACGUUUUUAACGUACAAGAGAAAAGCGUUGAUUUUGGAGACAAACUACUUCAUCUCUUUUUAAAACCAACCCCCAUUAAUAUGGAUAAAGUAGAGGGAACUACUAUUAUAGGUAAAAAGAAAGAAGAAUCUCAAAGUGCGUAUGUCCCCCCUUCACUGAGAGGUGCGAAAAAAGAUUGUGACGAAUAUGACCCAAUGCCCGCUCCAGGACAAAAAUCAACUCGAAAGAAACACACAAAAAAAGUGAAUAAAAAAGCAAAAAAAGCAGAUGACGAUUUGUACGACUUUUAA